GUGUGGGGGUGUUGGUGUGUUCACGGACACAGCCAUUGCUGCUUUUCCCCCUGACUAGUCAGGCAGCGAUUUGCUGCGCUGCUGCGUGUUCUUUUUCUUCUUCUUCUUCUGCUGCUGCUGCUCUCUUCCCAAGCCUCGGGAUGUAAAAAGAAAAGAAAACCCCCAAAAAUUGGGAUGGAAAAGUUGCGGUGACUGCGUUGGAUUUCCUCCUACCUCGUUUUUGUUUUCUGUGCGUGUGUUGCCGGUGGAGACGCGGAAGGGAGUAAGGACGGCGGUGCCUCGGAAAGUUCCCCCAACUCCGGUGACACAACGUCGGACUGGAAUAAUGUGAUUUGACAGCAAGGAAGUUAUCGCGUUUUUCUCAUUUUCUUUUCGACCUUUAUUUUUUACCCCCCUCCUUCCCCUUUUCUUGUUGUUGUUUCCGCCCCUCUGCCAAAUGGUUUGAAUGAAGUUUUUGACACGCAUGCGGCGGCGACAUCGGGAUGCUUCAACACUUUUUUGCUUCAAUUCGACGCGUUUCUCGGCAAGAGGACGCGCAUUGACGUCCGUACAGCCCCCCCCCUUCCCCCCUCUUUGGAAUUACUUUGGAUUACUUCUGCAAAGGCACCGAGAGGCGUUGAAUGAUGUCUUGUACCGGAUUUGUGUUGCUCUUCGGAAUUGUCCAAGUGUGCUCAGGGUCCCGCCUGCGCCAGGAGGACACGCCCCCUCGCAUCGCGGAGCACCCGUCCGACCUGAUCGUAUCCAAAGGCGAGCCGGCCACCCUCAACUGUAAGGCGGAGGGCCGGCCCACGCCGACCGUGGAGUGGUACAAGGACGGCGAGCGGGUGGAGACGGACCGGGACGACCCGCGCUCGCACCGCAUGCUGCUGCCCAGCGGCUCGCUCUUCUUCCUGCGCAUCGUUCACGGCCGGCGGAGCAAACCCGACGAGGGCUCCUACGUCUGCGUGGCCCGCAACUACCUGGGGGAGGCCGUCAGCCACAACGCCUCGCUGGAAGUAGCCAUUCUGCGCGACGACUUCAGACAGAACCCCGCCGACGUGAUUGUGGCAGCCGGAGAGCCGGCGGUCCUGGAGUGCCAACCGCCCCGCGGGCAUCCGGAACCCACCAUCUCUUGGAAGAAAGACGGCCUCAACGUCGACGACCGGGAUGAGAGGGUCACGAUACGCGGCGGGAAGCUGAUGAUCACCAAUGCCAGGAAGAGCGACGCCGGGAAGUACAUCUGCGUCGGGACGAACAUGGUCGGCGAACGGGAGAGCGAAAUCGCCGAACUCACGGUGCUCGAGCGACCCGGCUUUGUGCGUCGGCCCGGCAGCCAGGUGGUGCUGGUGGACCAAAGCGUGGAGUUCCGGUGCGAGGCGCGCGGCGACCCGGUGCCGACGGUGCGAUGGCGGAAGGACGACGGAGAGCUGCCCAAAGCAAGGUACGAGAUCCGGGAGGACCACACUCUGAAGAUCCGCCGUCUGACCUCGGCAGACGUCGGCUCCUACACCUGCGUGGCGGAAAACAUGGUGGGCAAGGCGGAGGCGUCGGCCAGCCUCACCGUCCACGUGCCGCCUGCAUUUGUGGUGAGACCGCGGAACCAGGUGGUUGGCGUCGGCAGGACCGUCACCUUCCAGUGCGAAGCCACCGGCAACCCCCAACCGGCCAUAUUUUGGCAACGGGAAGGAAGUCAGAACCUGCUGUUCUCCUACCAACCACCGCAACCGUCCAGCCGCUUCUCGGUGUCGCAGACGGGCGAUCUGACCAUCACGGGCGCCGAGGACUCCGACGUGGGCUACUACAGCUGCCAGGCUCUCAACAUCGCCGGAAGCGUCAUCACCAAGGCCUUUCUGGAGGUCAUUGACGUGGUGUCAGACCGCCCGCCACCGAUCAUCAGGCAGGGCCCGAGCAAUCAGACGGUGGCUGUGGACGGCACGGCGGUCCUCAGCUGCGUGGCCUCGGGCGGUCCCACCAUCCUGUGGAGGAAGGACGGCGCGCUGGUGUCCACUCACGACUCGCGCGUCAAGCAGCUCGAGACGGGCGCUCUGCAGAUACGCUACGCCAAGCUGAGCGACUCGGGCAACUACGCCUGCAUCGCCUCCACGCCCGGGGGCGAGGCCUCGUGGAAAGCCCAUUUACAAGUCCAAGGUACGGCAAAAACGCCUCGUCGUCCUCAAUGGCGGCGUGGAAAUGGGGGAAAUGGCGGGCGACUCGUUUCAACUCGUUGUCCCGUCGUCCGAUCAGAAUUUGGAGUUCCCGUGCAGCCAAACAGACCCACCGACCCCAACCUGAUCCCGAGCGCCCCGUCCAAACCCGACGUCACCGACGUCAGCCGCGCCUCGGUCACGCUCUCCUGGAGGCCCAACCUCAACGCCGGGGCCACGCCCACUUCCUACGUCAUCGAGGCAUUCAGUCACGCGUCGGGCAGCAGCUGGCAGACGCUGGCGGAACACGUCCGAAGCGAGUCUUUUGUGUUGAAGGGCUUGAAGCCUAGCGCCGUCUACCUCUUCCUGGUGAGGGCCGCCAACGCCUACGGACUGAGCGACCCCAGUCCAAUCACCGAUGCUGUGAAAACACAAGACAUCCCCCCAACCAGCCAGGGCGUGGACCACCGACAGGUCCAGAGGGAGCUUGGCGAGGUGCUGAUCCACCUGCACAACCCCACCAUCCUGUCCUCGUCCUCCGUCAGGGUGCAGUGGACGGUGGAGCAGCAGUCCCAGUACAUCCAGGGCUACAAGGUGAUGUACCGGCCGUCACCAGAGGGGGUGCCGGCGCGCGGCGACUGGGCCACCUUUGAGGUGCGCACGCCCGGCGAGGACAGCGCUGUCGUGCCGCAACUUCGUAAGGGCGUCACGUACCAGUUCAAAGUGCGCCCCUUCUUCAACGAGUUCCAGGGCACCGACAGCGAUGUGAAAAUUGCACGCACCCUGGAGGAAGUGCCCAGCGCGCCUCCCCGCGAGGUGACUGUGACGGAGAGCAGCGACAACGGGACCGCCGUUGUGGUCUCCUGGCAACCGCCGCCGGAGGAGGAGCGCAACGGGGUGGUCCAGGAAUACAAGAUUUGGUGCUUGGGGAAUGAGAGCAGGUAUCACAUCAACCGCACGGUGGAUGCCAGCACCUUCUCCCUGCUCAUUCCCAGUCUGGCUCCGGGAAUCCGUUACGGCGUGGAGGUGGCGGCCAGCACCGGGGCGGGCCCCGGCGUCAAGAGCGACGUCACCUACUUCCAACUCGAUGAGUCGGGGCGGAUGACGGCGGCGGCGGACCCCCACAACCCGCUGUCGCAGCAAAUCUCCGACGUGGUGAAGCAGCCGGCCUUCAUCGCCGGCAUCGGCACCGCCUGCUGGAUCAUCCUCCUGGUCUUCAGCAUCUGGCUCUACCGGCACAGGAAGAAGAGGAGCGGACUCUCCAGCAGCUACGCCGGCAUACGCAAGGUGCCAUCUUUUACCUUCACACCAACAGUGGCGUACCAGAGAGGUGGAGAAGCUGUGAGCAGUGCUGGGAGGCCGGGCCUCCUCAACAUGGGCGAGUCGGCCACGCAGCCCUGGCUGGCCGACACGUGGCCCAACUCGUGCUCCAAUCACAACAACUGCAGCAUCAACUGCUGCGCCGCCGGCAACGGCAACAGCGACAGUAACCUGGCCACGUACAGCCGGCCCGCCGACUGCAUCGCCAAUUACAACAGCCAGAUGGACAAUAAGCAGAGCGGCCUGCUGGUGCCCGAUCCGGGCGUGUACGGUGAGAUGGACCUGUCCAACAAGAUCAACGAGAUGAAGACCUUCAACAGCCCCAACCUGAAGGACGGCCGCUUGGUGGGCGCCGGCGGGCAGCCCACGCCGUACGCCACCACGCAGCUCAUCCAGUCGUCCAUCAUGAGCAACAACGCCGGCGGAGGGGAGCUCAAUGACAAACACUGCUGGAAGCCCCCCGGCGGCGUCCUGCAGCCCAAACAGGAAAUGCAGUACAGCAUCAUGGAGCAAAACAAGCUGAACAAGGAUCGCUACAGAGGCGCCGACACCCCCAUGAUGCCGGCCACCAUCCCAUACAGCCACGACAGCCACACGGGGGGCUCCUACAACAGCUCGGAUCGAGGCAGCAGCAGCAGCACCUCAGGCAGCCAGGGUCAGAAAAAGGGAGCGCGCACCCCCAAGCCGCCCAAACAGAGCACAAUGAAUUGGGCCGACCUCCUGCCUCCCCCGCCCGCCAACCCGCCUCCGUCGCGCAACGCCGAGGACUACUCGCUGUCAUUGGAAGAAAGCCGCCAGCCAGACAUGCAGUGCUCCAUGCCGCCCUCUCACAUGUACCUGCAGCCCGACGAGCUCGAGGAGAUGAUGGAGGAGGGGGGGGAGGAGGAGGAGGAGGAGAUGGAGAUGGAGCGGGGGCCCACCCCGCCUGUCCGCGGCACCGCCUCCUCCCCCGCCGCCGUCUCGUACAGCCACCAGUCGACCGCCACGCUCACGCCCUCGCCGCAGGAGGAGGUGACGCCCAUGCUGCGGGAGCACGAGCGCAGGCGCCACGGCGUGAGCCCCCCUCCCCAACGCAUCUCGCCCUCACAUACGUACGGCUACAUGGCCAGCCCCGGCGACACCGACGGCGACGAGGACGAGGGCGAAGGGCGGAUCCCCGAAGAGGACGAGGACACGGACGCCGAGUUGGCCAAGAUGAACUACCGGCGCGGCCACCCGCACCCGCACGCGCACCCCCACCACCUGCAGACGCACCCGCGCCGGCUGCUGCUGCGGGGCAUGGAGCAGACGCCGGCGUCUAGCGUGGGCGACCUGGAGAGCUCGGUGACGGGCUCCAUGAUCAACGGCUGGGGCUCCGCCUCCGAGGAAGAUAAUGUCUCCUCGGGGAGGUCCAGCGCCGUCAGCUCCUCCGACGGCUCCUUCUUCACCGAUGCCGACUUCGCGCAGGCCGUCGCCGCCGCCGCCGAGUACUCGGGCCUGCGGGUGGCCAAGCAUCCCGCAACGCAAAGCCAGGAAGCGCGGAAAUACCAAAUCACCCCGGCGGGCCACCGUCCCGGCAGUCCGGUGUCCACGGACAGCAGCAUGAGUAUGGCGGCCGUGCACAGGAGGCCUCCCAAGAAGCAGAAGCAGCACCCCGCCGUGGGCAACCAGCGACGGGAAGCCUACAGCGAAGAUCUUCCACCGCCACCCAUCCCUCCGCCGGCGGUGCUCAAGUCCCCCACGCACCCGUCCAAGGUGGGCCUGGACGGCCGGGGGGUGGUCUCGCCCAAAUCCACAGACAAGCGAGGGGCGGCGGGAUUCCGACCCAAAGAAGGCUCGGACCCCAGAACCAGCUCGGCGGAACGCAGGGAGGCCCAAGAGAGACAGAAAGCGCAGGGGGGCAAAGGCGGCCACAGGGGGCGCCAACAACUAGGUACGGAGGACAUACUGCCCUACAGCCGACCGCAGUUUCCGGCGGUCAACAGCCCGAGGGAGCCCAGCUCCUCCAGCUCCAUGUCCUCCAGAGGCUCGGGGGGGCGGCGGCGAGGCGACGCGGGCCACAGGAACCCGGCCGACGUCAACCUCAGCGCCACGGGGGCUUUCCACACACGAAAUGAAGAGCUUGAGAUGGUGGAAAGCUGAAGAAGACAAAUAGGAUGAUUCUUUUUUUUUUUUUUUGCCAAUCACCCCUAUUUUCUGUCUUACAUAAAUCAGUAUUUUGCCGCUAUUUCAGCGACCAAUCAUAAAGCAUCCCAGCAUUUCUUUACAUUCGGAAAACGUGCCGAGGUCUCCUUUUUUAUCUUCUAAUUUAUCACAGCAAAGGGGAGAUCAGGAAAGAAAACGAAUGUUCAAGUGGCCCGUUAGGAUAUUUAUGUUGAAUUCCAAUGCAAUAUGGAGUGAAGUCUGGGGGGUGGGGGGGUCGAGAGUUUCUUUUUGUCGAGUCGGCACACAUGCAAGCAGGGAGGGCUGGACUUUUAGUGUGUAAAUAUCCGUACGGUAUGUCAAACCCAUUGUGGUACCGCAAUUUGUCCCCCCCCCCCCUUUGUUUGUUGUUGUUGUUGUUUUAAUGGGAAUCCUAAUUUUAUUAUGCCAGUAAAUAUAAAUAUUUUAUCAUUUCCAUCCAUGUUUGUCAAUUGCAACCCCAAGUGCCACUCUGGGAUUUUUUUUCUUUUUUUUUUUUGUAAUGCACUGUUAUGUUUCAUGUUUUUGGAGAAUGUUAUUUGCUUUUUUUGUUUUGUUGUUUGUUUUACAUUGGUUUUAAAAGCACAAUCACUAAACUUUAUUUUAAACCAUGUUGUCUAUUAAUCCUUUUGUCUUACCGGCAGGAAACUGCAGGUGAAGACAAAAGAGUCGAGUUAAUCCUGAUGAUGAUGAUGAUUUGGUUGGUAACGUUCGGCGUUUUACGAAGGCACGUCUCCUCCUCCGGUUCUCAAGUGACAGAGGGGAGGAGGACAGUUCAUGUGAGUCACAGCUGCAAUGUAAAUAUUUGUUUGGCAUUGACCGUAAUAUCAACGAUUGCACAUGAAACUGACAGGAGGGGGGGAACAAAUGAAAAAAAAAAUGGCUUCGAUUUGUCGAUUAAAUGCACUUAAAGGAAUGUCAAAUCAAAGAAGGCGAGAGGGGCGAUCUGGAGAGGACGAAGAGCUUUUUUGGUGGACAAAACGGAAGCGAUGAAGGCCCCGCCCGUCUUUUUUUUUCAAGGGAGCUAAGGGUGCUGUUGUUUAUUCAUAGGACAUCUGCAAACAUUUGUUUCAUAAUGCAAAAAAAGGAAAAACAAAUAAAAAGAUGAAUAAUUAAAAAAAACUUCAAACAGAUGUGUAUGUACUUUUUAUUAUUUGUCCAUCUUUAGUAAUAGUGUUUCAAUUUUUGAUUUAUUUCAGGCCAACUUCUGUAUUUCCUGUCUCGGUAUUCGCUUUGAAACACGUGUUGAUAAG